ACUUGUUCAUCGAAAGGAAGUCAGAUCGAGUGUGUUGUAGGUCCUUUGGCGCUAUCCCUGAGCAGUGAUUCGGAUUCAUCUCUGUUAUACACUAUUUGCAUCUAAAAAUAAUCUUAGUAUUUACUGAUCUCGGGCAGAGAUGACACAUUAAUCAAUUUAUCGCGAUAUAAACCAGCAGGAAUAUAACCGAAGAUCUAACGUUACGCAGAAGAAACCAAAUGUCGGCGUGGGCGCAGAAAGCUGGGGGCAGAAGACCACCACCAAAACAUAGUGGAGGAAGAUCUUUUCGAAGACCACCAUAUCCUAUGAGGGAGGACAGAAAAGAUGACCUUCCACAAUCUGAGAGCUUUGAAAGCUUAGAAGAAGGGAUUGACUACUCUGGCACAGCAGACUAUGAGCAUUCACCGCAUCAGUCAACGGCUGUUUCACCUGAGGAAUACGAGGCAUCAAUUCAACGCACUGCCAUAUAUGAGAAGUUCUUGCAGCAGCUACAUGGAGAUGCUGCUAGACAGCCUGCAGACUGUGUCGUCCUGUCUGUGAAUAACCAGAAUGUGGAUUACCCCAAAUCGAUAGGCCAGUGUUUGCAGGAACGUGGCCUCUCGGUGGAAAUGCUUUACCUGCAGGUGGAAUCAGGCCUGACCCGGGCCCUCCAAGAUGUCCGCUCCGACGGUUCCCCCUUAUGUAUUCUCGUCGAGCAGACUAAUGUAACACUCUCCUCGUGCACAGUAAUCAUAUUUUCAGAGUCCCUCAAAAUCCAUCGAAACAUGCCCAAAGAACAAGCCAUGGAGUUUGUGAUGGUGGAGUUCAGGCGCUUGAGCGGUUCGCGGCGUGUGCUGGACCCCACGGAGACCGCGGCUCGGGCGGCUGAGCUGACGGAGGACUACCUGGAGCGUGGCAAGCUGGAGCGCCACACUGUUCCCUCUGCCACCCGCCACCUGCUCUUUCUCCUGGCCGAAGGUCUGCACCUGUACCCAGAGGAGCUCAGCACACUGGCGGAGUAUCUUCAAAACCGCCAGGACCAUCUGCGAGUAUCUUCCGCUGAAGUUGACAGUGAGGUUGCUCCUGUGAUCAACAGCCUGCCUCCAGGGUUAGGAAAGCCUCCACCACUUCUGCCUGCUGGUUCUGGUCCACCACCACGAGAGCAGACAAACCCACCCUCGGGGUCAGGAGAUGCACCCCCAGGACAUCACAUGGGAUUGCAAGGCUCAUAUCCUAAAACAAAACCACCUCCUUUGCUUUCAAUGCAUAAUCUAAAGCCACCUUCCCACAGACCAACUGCCCCCCAUAGUCUUUUACCUUCUCGGGCCCCUUCAGUCUCUCACGGUCCUUCAUUUAAUCUUCAGCCAUCUAGAGGGCCAGUAGCCACUCACAGUCUUGACAAGCCACAACCUCUCUUAGGCCCAGCACCUAUACAUUGGCCCUCUCCCACCCGUGCCCCUUUGCUUGACACUCCGCCUCUUGGUUUCCAGUCCUCUAGAGGACUAUUGCAGCAUCCGGGCUCUCAUGCAUUGCUAAAGACGCCUCUUAUCUGUGGACCCCCACCGCAGAAUGGACCCCAUGGUCCUAGAGUACCGCCACCUUCACUCAGGAGCCUUCAUAUGGGAGCCCCAACAGGUUUAGGUCCGCGGCCGCCACGACGCCUGCUACCUUGAUUCUCUCAGGACACCCGAUUAAAUCACAGGCCAAUGUUGUCACGUGGGGACAGUCAUUACAUUUUGGACUUGUUUCAUUUUUUUAUUUUAGGGACUUGCCUUUUGUGUUUCUUUUAGGAUCCCAUGAGAUGUUUAAAGAUGUACCGAUAUGGAAAAAGCCACAGUGGUGUUCUCUUUAUUUCCACCGGUGUAAACUAAUUUCUUAGAAUAAAUCUGAAAUAUUUCAGUGACAUAA